CCACAGAACACACCUCCGCGAGUUCUAUCAAUGGAGGAGAGACACCAGCGGCUACUCCGCCAAAAAAGCAGCAAACUUGCCGAAGGACUGAGUGAAAUAGUAUCCGAAGUAACGUACGCACUUUUCGAAAAAGGCGACAUUACGUUUGAACAGCGGGAGCUUGUUGAAGGCGGGCGGGAGAACGCUGACAAGGCCCGCCGGCUGCUUCGCGUGCUACCGACCGGGGGUCCGACCGCCUUUCGGGACCUGCAAGACGCGGUGAGAGACCGGAACAGGGAUCUUUCAGACAUACUGGAGGAGGAAUCGCAACUUGUAGAUUUCACAAUGGCAGAAUCUGAACAUGGAAUCCUUGACGAUCCACGGAGACUCAGCUGGGAGAAGAUCAAACGUGACACCCCAGUUUCACCCUCACAACUAGUGGCGAAACACCAGGAGAAGAUAGCGGAACAGGUCAGCUGGCUGGAAGAACGCAUCUGCACGCUGCAAGAUGACACCGAGGCUCUGGUGCAAGAGCUCUGCGGUCUGAGGCAGGACUGCAGAAAGGUCGAGAAAGACAUAAGUAUGGUAAAGGGAGAAAAGAAGGGUAUGUGUAUGAGACUUUCGUGUAUAAGUACGCCCUGUCGCCGAGCGAUAUUGGCCAUUGGGUACGGCAGAAAAGGACAUGGUACGGCGGAAACUAACGGGUACAGCGGAGAGUUUUAG